AUGCCAGCUACGAUAAACGGGAUUGUAAACGGAACACUCGUUGGAGCUUUGGAAGAAAGGGCUGUAUCACAUAAAAUCCGUGAUAUUAUCAAUAAGGCCAGAAGCGAUGGAAAGUCCGUUCACUCGUUUGGCUUCGAAAGUCAAACUGAGGACAGUCAGCGGCUUACGACAUCACUGAAGCCCAAGCUGAAGUCUGACCGUCUAAGCGAAAAGUCGGCAGAACCUCCUACAUGCGAUAACAAAACUCAGAGGACUUCGGUCAGCGAUGCCGCAACUCAGGCCGACAGAGACCUGCUGACAAACUCAGAGACUCUUCGUGACUUUGCUGAACCCACGGAAGCAGAAAUUUCAAAGCCUGAUAUUUCGUCCCCCCGAAAAGAAGUGCACGUGUCUAUAGAAACUCCUAAUACGAAAAGGGGGCUCAAAUCUGACCAUGUUGCAGCGAUUUCGCGAAAGGCUCAGACGCAACGUCCCAUGGAAUUUGAUGAUCAACACAGCAGCGACGACGAUGACGUGGUUCCACGAAAGUGGUCGCCGUCGAAACCAGCGGUGUCGAACAUUAGAAAAACGAUUCAAGAAGCAAAAGCUCAUCCGGAAUGGAUUCUACGUGAUGAAAAGCGCGAGGAUACGAGGUCGCCCAGGAAUGUGCGACGAGUUUUGGCCAGUCCACUUGCCAACAACGUUGAGUUCAUGGUCGAAAAGAAGAGUGACCAACGAAAACCUGUAGCUGGGACGUCUCCCGUCUACUCGAGCGCCGUCUCUAGCACGGAGGCGAAGAAACACUCAGAGUCGUUUGAAGACUCGAUCAGCGACCUGUCCAGUGAAACACCUGGUUCCGCCUACAGCGUUGCACUGGAUGUAUGUUCAGACAGUUACGGAAACUGGACGUCGAACAACGCCUUUAUCCCGCCGUUUCGAGACGAUCGCUUUUUCAGAAGUGGAAAAGCGGUUAUGCUGCCUGCGAAUCCACUUCUACCGCCUGGUCAGAAAGAUUCGCCUGAAAGAAGACAGUCAGGCAAGGACAAGUCACCCGAACCAUCACGCAGAAGCGAGAAAGAAGGUGAUGUAGAGAAUAUGAUGAACGAAUCAAAGUUGCUGAAAAAUCGCAGCUCACCUGUAUCAGGCAUUGAACUGUCUGGCCUCAACGAAAUGCAUACGAAUUCCGCGUUGAUGUACAGCAAAGAGGUCUCUUGGAGAGCGCAAAUGAGGAAAGAGAUAUUCUUGCCUGGGGAGAUUUGCGACGAUGAAAACACGCUAAACAUGAUCUUUCACCAACUGUGUGCCGAUUGCUUCGGCAACAUCGACCCUCUGCGGUUGGACUUAAAGGAACGCAAUGAGAUCGUGCAGGUUUUAGAGAGCAACGGAAUCAACAUGCAGAAUUAUUCACAGAAACAGGUCAGUCGUGCCAUCAAGCAACAAGUGCUGCAGAUUUCUCGACGUCUGCCGAUCUACUUCAGCCGCAUUUACACCGUAAAGUCUGAGAAACAUGUCGAACCGAUGCCUCAUUGUUUGGCCAUAUCAGAGAACGGAAUCUGGUUGCUGUACAGAAUGGCGGACGGCAGAAGGAAAGUUGUACGAAACUUUCCAUUUGACGACGUCGAAAGCGCGAAAUCAAAACGUUCCACGAUCACCCUGACGCUGUGCAACGGAAUGAAGGAAGUAUUCGAAACGAGAGACGCGGCGGAGGUCGCAGAGCUGAUCUGCCAAUUUCUUUACGGCCCAAACCAGGUGAGUUUGCUCUACAAGCAAGGGCUAUAG